UGUAGUCUCAAGUCAGUCCGCGAGAGAUCGCCAUAGGUGUUGGUUGUGUAAGUGCGCCGUUAGCGAUCACGUUUCGAUUCGAAAUAAUUUAAACUUUUCGGAGUGAUGAUUAUCGUUUUUUGUGCAAAAUGACUAUAAUAAGUGGUAAUUUUUAGUGUAAUAUUAGCAUAAAGUGCAACUGUUCUGUGUAAAUAAAGUUUUAUUACAUUUACGUCAUAUCCUUUCGAAUUAGUGGAUUUCAAGUUACCGGCUUUUAACCAUUAUCGCGGUCUCAAAGGGCCAAUCAGAGCUAUGCGGCCGAUAUUACCCCUUCUCAGCAUAUGCUUCACUCUCCUCUCGAGCGGUACUUCGAGUGGAGAUGAUAGAAGAUGGCUGGUGUCCUUAAUAGACCUGGUAGAGUUGGACUAUCAGGACCAAUGUGGGCAGCGAGCCACUGCAGCGUGGGACGAACUUACUGGAAGUAGCAAAGGGUUGUCUUUAAAGUUGGAACGUGAUAAGGCCUUCGGAAUCUUCUCACGCCAGCAAAAGACGGAUGUAAAAUCUGCCUUCAACUCCCACACUUUGACAGCUGAUGACGACAUCCUACGAAGGAGAGUUAAGCUGCUGCUGCAACCUGGUGAUUCUCUUUUGGAACCCGAACAAUGGAUUCGGCUGGUGACAUUUGCAGACACCUCACUCAACCACAUCCGAUUCGCUCCGGAUUACGAAUGCGCCACAAAUAAUUGUACUUUAAGAGAAUUGCAGAACAAUCUAGCACGAGAACAAGAUGAGCAAAUCCUCAAGCGAAUGAAAGAGUCAUGGGAGAAGAAGCUGCCAGACUUCAACGAUUACUUAGAUAACAUACUACCAUUACUAAGGAAUGCUUCUAAAGAAAACCUUUAUAACUCUGUGGAGGAAUACUGGGACGCCCUCACAGAGUAUGAAGGCGCUACGUUGAAGGCUCGCGAGAUCUGGGAUCAUGUGAAGCCAUUAUACAUGAAGCUGAACAAAUAUGUCGCUUUAAGACUGAAGGGGGCAGACGCUGUUGGGAAACCAUUGCCAAUUCAUUCACUCAGGUCCCUGACCGGGGAUGACUGGUCAAAUUUAAUUGAGAUGUUACUACCUAAACAUUCGGAUAUUUAUCAGAAGCUCUAUGCCAAUUUGCAUGUUAUGGAUAUGGGUGGUUUGAACGCAUACAAAGAAGCCGAGAAAGUCAUAAACCAUCUUAACUUCGGUGAAAUACCCUCCGAAAUAAUAAAUGAAUCAGACUACAACGGUACUUGCCCAUCGACAAUUGUUGACUGGUGCCAGCCAAAUAAACUGAAACUUGUUACUUGCAAGGAUGUCAGUAUAUCAAAUUACAUGGAGGCUCAUGAGAUGGCUAUGAAAUUAAAGUACAAACUGAUUGCUGCUACCCACAGUAACAAUACAUAUGCAUUAAGAGAAGCGCCCAGAUACUCAGCUGUCUACGAGGCUAUUCCAGGCUUUGUUUCACUAUUGUCAAUGACUCCACAUACUCUGGACCGCGCUGGAUUAUAUUCUCUGGAAAGAUUUAACUACAAUCCAAACUACCACCGCCUUGUGCUACAGCUGAUUAUUGCUCUGCGAGAUUUACCUAGAUUGAACUUUUACAUGGCGGCAGAUGAAUGGCGUCUCCAGGUAUUAACGGGAAAGGUUCCUUAUGCCAAAAUUGCCAACAGCUGGAGCGAGUUCCGGAAAAACUUCUCUCUUAUCGAGUCUUCCAAUAUUGAUAUUUUGGGAGAUCCUUACGUCCUUAUGAAUAAACCACAUGUAGGAAAAUUCAUGGGAUUGAUUCUGAAGUAUCAAGUAUAUCAAUCAUUUGCUGAAGAACUGAUGUCAGAUGACGAUGAUUUGGUAGAACAUGUUGCGGAAAAUAACCAACGACUAAUUGAUACAAUGAUGCACGGUUACGCCUUUGUCUGGACCGAAAUGGUCAGCGAUUUACUUGCUAAACGUGAAAAUGGUUUAGAGUACACAGGCCUUACAGAUUACUUCAGACUUUUAGACGAAUAUCUUGAUAACCAGUUAGAUCCAACCAGUGAAAACACUUUUGAAGAAUACAUAGAUCCACCAACAGAGGCUGAUAAUGAAAACGAAAUAAUCGAUGACAAGAAGGAAAACGAGGCACCAGAUUAUGAAGAUAACGAGGAUCAGCAAAAAACACAUGAUGAUAUAAAUGAAAACAUUAUCGAAACUGAUGAUGAGUCUCAUGCAAAGUCUGGUAGCGAGGCAUCUACGGUUGGAGUGCUCGAAAUCAAAAAUCCUGUAGCAGCUUCAGAUCAGAAUGAAAACAUCAAUCCUAAAGAAGCAUCUUACAAUGUGUAUUGGUGGAUAGGCAUUGCUGUAGCGAUAGCAGUUGUUAUUGUACUCGUUGCUAUUAUAGCAAGAAAACGCCACAACCACAGAAAACAGUUAGAACGCCAAAGACGACAGAACUCGUCCGCCUGAUUUGAGGAAUAUCGGUUCUAGAAACGGAACCGAUUUAAGACAUUAGUGAAUUUGUGCCAAUACGGUAUAUGUGUGAGUCUGAGUACAAAUAUGUUUCAUGUGUAUUUAAUUUUUAUGUGUUUGUCUCUCUCUGGUGCUCUUAACAUAAUUCCAUUUCACCGCAUUUAAAUUUUAUUUUUAUCAUAGAAUCUUCAUAUACAUUAAGUGUAAUGUUAAGGAGAAGGAACUAUUUUUGUACAUAUCACAAUUUGAGGAUAAAUGAUUGUUACCAAGUGUUUUAAAUAGGUGUAUUUAUACAUAGGUGUAAUUUCGCUGUGCCUUAAGCGUUUCAAUUUCGUGUAAGUACUAUUAAUAAUAUAGGGUGAUCUUUGUAAUAAAUACAAAGUAAAUUUUAUAAAUCUUUACUAUGGCGUAUAAUGACCAAAUUCCGAAAAUGUUCUGUUAUAUUUUAUUUCGUUUCUGUUUAUUCGACGUUCAAAUUGUAAUUAAUGAAAUACAUAUUAACUUAUUCGAUAUUUAUAAUGUUUAUUUAACUAGUUAUUUAUUGUCGAAGCAUGAAAUACCAAAUAUUGUCAAAAUUUCAAGAAAAUAAAUGUUUUAAACAUA